CCGCGCUCCCGGUGCCGCGGGGCAGCCGCAGCAUGGCCGAGCUGCGCAUCGCCCCGGCCCCGGCCCCGAGCCCCGCCGCUGCCCCGCUCCCACCGCCGGCCGCAGCCCCAGCCCCGGCCCCGGCGCCGGCCCCGGUCCCGACCCGCCCCUCGGCGCCCGCCCCGGGCCGCCCAUAAAAGCGGCCCCGCGCCCGCCCAGCUCCGCCGCCGCCGCCGCCGCCGCUCCGCCGCCGGCCAUGGCCAAGGACCAGCUGAAGCCGCGGCUGUGCCGAAUGCUCAAGGGGGAGAGCGGCUACGGCUUCCACCUGCACGGCGAGAAGGGCAAGAGCGGCCAGUUCAUCCGCAAAGUGGAGCCCGGCUCGCCCGCCGAGGCGGCGGGGCUGCGCGCCGGGGACCGCGUCGUGGAGGUGAACGGGCUCAACGUGGAGCAGGAGACGCAUCACCAGGUGGUGCAGCGCAUCAAGGCCGUGGAGACGGAGACGCGGCUGCUGGUGGUGGACAAGGAGACGGACGAGUACCUGUGCAGCCUGCGGCUCACCUGCACCGAGGACAUGGUGCACAACGGGAUCCUGCUGGGCUCGGCAGUGCCCCCUGCCAAGGGCCUGCCCAGCGACAACGGCGAGCUCUGGAAGCCACAGCUGGAUCUGAGCGGGGGCAGCCUCCAGAGGCAUUCCCACAGCUUCUCCUCCCACGGCAGCAGGAAGGACCUGAACGGCCAGAAGGAGCUGUGCCCACGCCUGUGCCACCUGAAGAAAGGCCCCAAUGGCUACGGCUUCAACCUGCACAGCGAGAAGUCGCGGCCGGGGCAGUUCAUCCGCUCCGUGGAUCCCGACUCGCCCGCAGCCAGGGCAGGCCUGCGGCCCCAGGACCGCCUGGUGGAGGUGAACGGGAUAAACGUGGAGGGGCUGCGGCACUCGGAGGUCGUGUCCCACAUCAAGGCCAGGGAGAGCGAGGCCAGGCUGCUGGUGGUGGACCCCGAGACAGACGAGUACUUCAAGAAGCUGGGGGUGACCCCCACGGAGGAGCACAGCAAAGGUGUGCCACCCCAGCCCAUGACAAACGGAUCUGCACAGACCCAGCUGAACGGGGGAUCCACAUCUUCAUCUCACAGCGACCUGCAGAGCCCUGGCAAAGAAUCCGAGCUCUGUCCCUCCCAGGACGGUGACACGGACAAGAAGGACCCGUUUGAGGAGAGUGGGCUGAGCCUGAGCCCCACGGCGGCCGAGGCCAAGGAGAAGGUGAGGGCCAAGCGUGUGAAGAAGCGAGCGCCGCAGAUGGACUGGAACAAGAAACGGGAGAUUUUCAGCAAUUUCUGAGCCCUGCUGGCCGCUCCCCUCCCGCCCAGCUCGGACCUUUCUGAGGUGCCUACGCCCUGUCCUUCGGUGUCCACGUGAGAUGCUUUGUGCUCUGCUCUUCACUGGUUGCUUUUACAAAAGGCGUAUUUUAAAGCCCUUUUUAUUUUUAUUUUUUAUUAUUAUUGUUGUUGUUGUUGUUAUUAUUAUUAUUAUUGUUACUCACCAGCGAUUCUCAUAAGAAAAAUGUGACCAAAGCUCCUUUUCUUGCUUGCUCUGAGCCUGGCUCCGGCUGCCUGCCGUCCCUGUUCCUAUGAGAAAGGACUGGAAGAAUUUUAACUCUUCUUUCUUACCUGCAGCAUUUAGGCUUCUGUUACUUCUUCUUUUUUUUACUUUUUAUGUGGGGUGUUUUGGCUUUGCUGGUGUCCCAGGCUGAGCCCUGUGGGAUGCUCAGUGCCCCUGUGGAAGCAUCUCAUGGCUCAUGGUGGGGGUGCCAGGAACCCUCUCCCCAGCUCCCCAGCAUGGGAAAAUGGACUGUGGCUGGAAAUUGUUCGUUGGCUUUGCUGUUGAAGCAAAAAUAUUUGUUUUGUUGGGUUGUUUUUUUUGUUGUUGUUUUUUAAUGAAGUCCCAUGUGUUUCCAGUUAGUUUAGGAACCUCCCCCUCACCAGCAGCUCCUGCCCAGGCAGUAAAAGCCCAUUUUUCACCCCAAGCAGCUCUGCAGAGGGGAGAGGGUGGAGUUUGAAAGCAAACCCCAGACCCUGAGAACACAGCUCUCCUCACCUGCAGCCGUGGAUGUGCCAGGGGAAGGAGGAGCAGGGCCAGCCCUGCCCCACGGAGCACGAAGAUGAGAAAACCACGAGAUGCUACAAAACCCCUUUGGACAGGCCUGGCAGUGGGGCUGGCCCCACACCUGCUGCCAGGAGGGAGCCCAGGGAUGCAGCUCCAGCUGAGGCUCAGCCCUGGGCACUGGGGCUGCUGCAGGUGCCCCUGGGCUGGCUUUGGUGUCCCCAGCCCGGCAGUGUCACCCUGUGGAGGACAUACAUCCUGCACAGGACAUCCUCCAAAGGGCAUCCUCCAAAGCCCUGGGGCUGCAGGUGGAGCAGGCUCUGCUGUGAUGGAGUGGGCAGCGCCCCUGGCCUCCUCCAAAGCCCACUCUGGGCAUUCAGAGUGUACCUAAAGCACUACAGAUCAGUCCUUUAAGCUCUUUAUUGUUGCCUCUGGCCGUGUGGGUGACUCAGCUGAGCUGCAGCUGCCAGGGAGCAGAGCUGGGUUAGCAGGGCCGGGGCUGGGGCUGCCCCAGUGCCUGCCCUGCCCCAGCAGGACCCCAGCCCUGCUCUGGGAAGGGGCAGGGAGCACAGAGCCCCUUUUGCCAGCUGGGGGCAGGCAGCAGCGACCAGCAGCCCGUGGAUGGGGGGUGAACGGAGCUGGGGCUGUGCCCUGCCUCCCCCAGCCCCUCUGGGAUGGAGCCCUUGGCUGGGCAGCGUGCUGUGGGUGUGGGAGCAGCUCUGCACGCAUUUCCUAAGGAAUCUCCAAAUCGUGGAGCUAAAAGGUGCCUUAUGCCAUCCUCUGCUCUCCUCAGCACUGGGUGUUUGGCCGCCCUGGGCAGCAGCUGGUGCCCGUGGCCUUGUGCUGCUGGUAGGAGAGUGUGGAGAGCCUCAGGGGUGAAGGAGAUGAGUUCUCUUUAUGAAAGUUAUCUUUUAGGAUUGUCGGUGGGCUGAACAGGUUGAAAAUAAUGACUUUGGAGAGGAGCUGGUGCAGGUGUUUGGCUGUGGGUGACGAGACAGGACAUGGGGGUGAGGGGGACGUGGAGAGGCUGCCUCCCCUCGGGGCUCUGCCAUUAACAAGACACCUCUGCCCCAUCCCACUUCAAGCUACCUGCUCUCCUUCUGGCCCCCCCAAAAUACUGUUUUCUCUCUCUGGGUAAUGUUUGGAAGGAGCCCUUCUUUCCCAUGCUGUGCCCACAUUGCCAAACCCCGGCAGCGCCCGGGCUGUGCAGGGCAGAGCAGCCCCAGGACACCCUGGUGCACAGCAGAGAGCACAGACCUGGUGUCAACGCCCCAUUCCUCAUCCCAGACUGCUGGUCGAGGUGGGGGGAAGGAAAAAAAAAAAACCUUGUGUAGUGUUGAAUGUAGAUCAAAAGAAAUCAGGUGUGCAAAUCCGUGUUGGUAAGAUUGCAAAUCUUAAUCUGUUAGUCCAAGGAAACUGCUCCUGGUUGAAGCAUUACUGCAUUCCUGACAUCUUGUUGUAGCUCAGUAGUAAUUAUUCAGUUCCUGUACAUUUAACUUGGAAAAGAAAAAUCAAUAAAGUCUAAGGCUGGCAGCAGCAUUGCAAACCCGUAUGUACACUGUAAUGUCAGUAAUAAACUUGGUUUGCCAUGUA